UUCCUGUAACAAAAUAACUACAGAAACGUUGUCUUAAGGACUUCUGAAAAUUAAAAUAACAAAGAAAGAAAGAAGGUUAUUAGGAAAAAAAAAAAAGGCUCAAACGCUAUUCCAAAAUUUCUAAUAAUAUUUUCAUUUUUGAUCUUAGCAGAGAAUAGAGAUCUAGCUUGUCACCAUUUCAUUAUCUCUACGCUGAAUUUCACCGACGCCGUCUGAUAAUAUCGCUCGCCCCUGCAUGGAAGCUCCGUGGAUCCUCUAGGGCACGAUUUUCUUACAGAUCCAUAACUAAUGGCUUCGUGGCUCAAAGCCGCCGAAGAUUUAUUUGAAGUUGUAGAUCGAAGAGCAAAGCUGGUUGUUAGUGAACUGUCAGAGGAGCAAUCUGAUUCUCAGUCACAAGGUUCUUCAGCAAAAAAGACAAAGUCAAGGACAAAGGCUCAAAAAAGACUUUCUACAACUAGAUCUCCUGAACUUACUGAUACUUUACACAAACAAACAAGUUCAGAAGUAUUACAAUCAGAAGUAACACCUGCCAAAGAUAAGGGUACUUUUUCUUCUGACAAUGAGGGAAACUCUAGUGCUAAGUCUAUGGUGCAGACAAGUAGUGAGCUGUAUAGCAACAGUGAGAAGGAUAACCCUGGAAUUCCUUCAUCUGAGCCAUUGGAUACUGAUGUGGUGAAACAUGAUGCUGAUCAGGAAGAAGUCUCUGCAAUUGUUAGCAAUGGGGAAGCUUCAUUGUCAACUUCAAAUGGCAAGCUUCUCAAUGAGAAUGCUUUUGAUGUUCAUGUGGAGCACCCUCCUUCACUAUUAGCUGCCAAAGGUCUUGAGGUUGUUAGUGAAGAUCAUUUACCUGAUGGUGACCAAAAUAUUGAAUCCCAAAGUGCAGAUGUCCCUUCAAAGACCGACCAAGAGGGGUCACAACCUGUUGUUGCUGAUUCUCCUGUUAACACUGACGCUCAAUUAAAAGAAGAUGAUGUUAAAGUUGAAACUCCUGUGAAUCAAAAGAAGCCACAAGAGCAAAAUGCUCCUUCAACAAUAGUCCAGGACCAGCUUGAUGAGGCUCAAGGACUGCUUAAAACCACCAAUUCCACUGGUCAAUCAAAAGAAGCAAGACUAGCUCGGGUUUGUGCUGGACUUUCGUCCCGUCUUCAAGAAUACAAAUCUGAGAAUGCACAGCUUGAGGAGCUUCUAAUUGCUGAGAGAGAGCUGAGUAAAUCUUACGAGGCUCGUGUAAUACAACUACAGCAAGAUUUAUCUGUAUCUAAGAGUGAAGUAACAAGGAUAGAGUCAAAUAUGGUUGAGGCCUUGGCAGCAAAAAACUCUGAGAUUGAGGCACUUGUCAAUUCUAUGGAUGCACUUAAGAAACAAACUGCUUUAUCGGAAGGAAAUCUGGCAUCACUUCAGGCAAACAUGGAGUCUAUUAUGAGAAACAGGGAAUUGACAGAGACAAGGAUGAUGCAGGCCCUACGUGAGGAGCUGGCUUCUGCAGAAAGGAGAGCAGAAGAAGAACGUGCAGCACAUAAUGCUACCAAAAUGGCUGCUAUGGAAAGGGAAGUGGAAUUGGAACAUCGAUCUGUUGAGGCAUCCACAGCUCUUGCUAGGAUCCAGAGGCUUGCAGAUGAGAGGACAACAAAAGUUGCAGAGCUUGAGCAGAAGGUGGCACUUCUUGAGGUUGAAUGUGCAUCUCUAAAUCAAGAAUUGCAAGAUAUGGAAGCUCGUGCUCGUCGUGGACAAAAGAAGUCCCCAGAAGAAGCCAAUCAAAUGGUUCAGAUGCAGGCAUGGCAGGAGGAAGUGGAGCGUGCACGCCAAGGUCAAAGAGAUGCUGAGAGCAAGCUCUCUUCAUUGGAGGCUGAGGUGCAGAAAAUGAGGGUUGAGAUGGCUGCCAUGAAGAGGGAUGCUGAGCAUUAUUCACGCCAGGAGCACAUGGAGCUAGAGAAACGCUACCGUGAACUAACUGACCUAUUGUACUACAAGCAAACACAGUUAGAAACUGUGGCUAGUGAAAAAGCUGCAGCUGAGUUUCAGUUGGAGAAGGAAAUAAAGCGUCUUCGAGAAGCACAGGUUGAAGCAGAAAGAAGUAGAGUUCCUCAACGGGCAUCAUCUUCCUGGGAGGAAGACACUGAAAUCAAAGCACUAGAGCCUCUUCCCUUGCAUCAACGUCACAUGGCUGCCGCAAGCAUACAAUUACAGAAGGCCGCAAAAUUACUGGAUUCAGGGGCUGUCAGGGCCACAAGAUUUCUUUGGCGAUAUCCAACAGCUCGAAUAAUCUUGCUAUGCUAUCUUGUGUUUGUACAUUUCUUCUUGAUGUACUUGUUGCAUCGCCUUCAGGAACAAGCGGACAAUUUAGCUGCUAGGGAACUUGCACAAUCUAUGGGUCUUGCCAACCCUAACUUACCAUAAUUGGGCAAAAUGCCCAAGGUCAGAAGCUAGCUGCGACAGAGAAUAUUCCAAAUGUGUGAUUUAAUAUCUGCAAGGUUGUAUAUUCAGUUUUCUUCUGCAGGUAUAAAUGGAAUGAUCGAAGAACACACCGAAACUUAUGAAACUGUAGAAGAUGCGUACAAAGGAAACCAGUCAUUGCCAUUCAGGAUAUACAAAUAUUCUCGGAAAAUGUUAAUCUGCGAUUGGAACGACUAGCAAAACUAGAUUUCGAUGCAGUUAUGAAAUUUCGGAUGCAUCAAGCGGCUGCUAACUGUGGAGUCUCGAUAUACCAUUUUGACAUGAAUUCAAAAUUCAUUUUUGAAACGGGGAAUGAGAAGCACCAAGUCAUGGAUCCAAAGUCAUUCUCAUGUGGAUGAAAAUAUUCUUUUCUAUACAGGUGAUUGGAAACUUUCGAACUGGUACUUCUGACUUGUUCUCGACAUCAUAAAAAUGAAUGUUCUUGAAAAGAAACAUGUAUGUAAAACUAAGUAAUAUUAAUGUCGUUAAUUAUUAUCUUAUUUGUACAUCAAACAAUCUCUUUUAAGUAUGUGGCUGGUCAUAGGUUUUUAAAUAAUGUACUAGUGGGUAGAAAGAAAAAGUUAUUCACAAUUAAAAGAAAAAAAAGAAAAGAAAAAAAAAUUCAAAUCUAUUUUUAAAAAAUAUCUUUGGAAAGUUAUCGCAAAGUGAAUUUCGAUUCCUCUAAGUGGUUGUUAGCAACUACUUUUUUAUUGAUCUUUAAAGGUAAAAAGUAGAAAUGGAAGUGUAGUAAAAAAAUUGC